UUCUCCAACUCACCUGAAUCCUGUUCUCCGAACUCAUUCGUAAGAAGCUUUUGUGCUUCUUCGUUCCUUCGUUUAGUUUUUUUUUUCUCUUCUUUUUCUUCUCAUAUUCCGGCGAGGACACCGGCAGGAGCUUCUGCGAGUGCUGCUCAGAGGUAAUCGCAACUGUUUGGUGCUCAACAAUGACGAUCACACCGAAGAUUUCUGUCAACGAUGGAAACUUGGUGGUUCACGGGAAGACCAUACUUACUGGAGUGCCUGACAACAUUGUGCUGACACCUGGAUCAGGCCAAGGACUGAUUGCUGGGGCAUUCAUUGGUGCCACUGCUUCGCACAGUAAAAGUCUACAUGUUUUCCCCGUGGGUGUCUUAGAGGGUCACCGCUUCCUGUGUUGUUUCCGUUUCAAGUUAUGGUGGAUGACUCAGAGGAUGGGAACAUCUGGAAGGGACAUUCCACUUGAGACACAGUUCCUGCUUAUGGAGACAAAAGGUACCGAUGGGGAGGAUCCGGAUAAUUCUUCAACCAUCUACACUGUCUUCCUUCCUCUCCUUGAAGGCCAGUUCCGUUCCGCGCUGCAAGGGAAUGAAAAGAAUGAGAUGGAGAUUUGCAUCGAGAGUGGAGAUAGUACUGUUGAGACCAACCAAGGACUUUCCCUUGUCUAUAUGCAUGCUGGGACAAACCCCUUUGAAGUUAUCAAUCAAGCAGUAAAGGCUGUUGAAAAGCAUACGCAGACUUUUCUCCAUAGAGAGAAGAAAAAGAUACCUUCCUUUAUUGACUGGUUUGGUUGGUGUACUUGGGAUGCUUUUUACACCGACGUCACUGCCGAGGGUGUUGAGGAAGGACUCAAAAGCCUAUCCGGAGGAGGGGCACCUCCAAAAUUCUUAAUCAUAGAUGAUGGUUGGCAACAGAUAGAGAGCAAACCAAAGGAUGUUGAUUGUGUUGUACAAGAAGGAGCACAGUUUGCAAGUAGGCUCUCUGGAAUUAAAGAGAACUACAAGUUUCAGAAAAGUGGGGAAAACAGUGAACAGGUCCCGGGCCUGAAGGUGGUUGUUGAUCAGGCCAAGAAACGACACAAUGUGAAAUUUGUGUUUGCCUGGCAUGCUUUAGCUGGUUAUUGGGGUGGAGUGAAACCAGCAGGUGCGGGCAUGGAGCACUACGACUCCGCUUUGGCAUACCCGGUCCAGUCACCGGGUGUGAUGGGCAACCAACCUGACAUAGUCGUAGACAGUCUGGCUGUUCAUGGCAUUGGCCUUGUGCACCCGAAGAAAGUCUUUAAUUUCUAUAACGAGCUCCAUUCCUACUUGGCAUCAUGUGGAAUCGAUGGUGUAAAGGUUGAUGUGCAGAACAUUAUCGAGACACUCGGUGCUGGUCAUGGUGGCCGAGUUGCACUCACCCGUAGCUACCAACAGGCUCUUGAAGCUUCGAUCGCUCGAAACUUUACCGACAAUGGAUGCAUUUCCUGCAUGUGCCAUAACACUGAUGGUCUUUACAGUUCCAAACAGACUGCGAUUAUGAGAGCUUCUGAUGACUAUUACCCUCGUGAGCCUGCCUCCCACACCAUUCAUAUUUCUUCUGUGGCUUACAAUUCUCUUUUCCUUGGAGAAUUCAUGCAGCCUGACUGGGACAUGUUCCAUAGUUUACAUCCUACCGCAGAGUACCACGGAGCAGCUCGUGCGAUCGGGGGAUGUGCAAUCUAUGUCAGUGACAAACCAGGCCACCACAACUUUGAGCUGUUGAAGAAGUUAGUCCUUCCCGACGGAUCGGUUCUUCGUGCCCAGUUACCUGGGCGACCGACUCGUGACUGUCUGUUCGACGAUCCAGCAAGAGAUGGAACCAGCCUGCUCAAAGUUUGGAAUAUGAACAAGUGCUCUGGCGUUGUUGGAGUAUUCAAUUGCCAAGGUGCAGGUUGGUGCAGGAUCAGAAAGAAGAUUCGCAUUCACGACGAGUCUCCCGGUACCCUCACCGGUUCUGUCCGUGCUGCCGAUGUUGAUGCUAUUUCACAAGUUGCUGGUGCCGAUUGGAAGGGUGAUACCAUCGUUUAUGCUUACCGAUCAGGGGACGUUAUUCGAUUGCCGAAAGGCGCUUCGGUGCCAGUUACCCUCAAAGUUAUGGAAUAUGAUCUUUUCCAUAUUUCUCCCAUGAAGGACAUCACCCCGAACAUCUCGUUCGCACCAAUCGGCCUGCUUGACAUGUUCAACACUGGUGGCGCCGUUGAGCAAGUUGAUGUCAACAUGGUCGAACCUAAGCCAGAGUUCGAUGGUGACGUUGUCUCUGAGGCGACAGGUUCUCUCCCAGACGAUCGACCUCCAACAGCUACAAUCACCCUAAAAUCUCGAGGAUGCGGAAGAUUCGGUGUGUACUCAUCUCAGCGACCUCUCAAAUGCAGCGUGGACAAGGCCGAUACCGACUUCGUCUACGAUGCGGAGACGGGCUUAGUCACCUUCGCCCUCCCUAUCCCGACGGAGGAAAUGUAUAAAUGGACUAUUGAAAUCCAAGUCUAGAGGAGUGUUGUAUGUUUACUUUCAUAUAAAAUAGCCAAAUGCUACCAUUUCAUUUAGUGGCUUAGAAAGAGGGAGAGUAGAGCUAUAGAGAAAGAAAGGGUAAGAAGGAGGGAUGUGAUGGGGCAAUAAAUUGAAGGGUGUAACCAAUAUGAAUGUCAUUAUUGUUGUAAUCUAAUUCUAUGUAAUAAUGAAAUAUGCUUUUAUUAUUGCUUC